AUGGGGAAGCUCGAGGACAACGAGAGGGUGAUCCUCAACGUGGGGGGCACGCGGCACGAGACCUACCGCAGCACCCUGAAGACCCUGCCGGGGACCCGCCUGGCCCUGCUCGCCUGCGAGUCCCAGAGCGAGUCCCCGGGCGGCGAGGAGCCGCCGCCGCCCCCCAACCCGCCGCCGCCGCCGCCGGCGGGCGGCUGCCCGGAGCCCGGCAGCGGCUGCAGCCCCCGGGGCAGCGGCGGCGCCAGCGAGUUCUUCUUCGACCGGCACCCGGGGGUCUUCGCCUAUGUGCUCAACUACUACCGCACCGGCAAGCUGCACUGCCCCGCCGACGUCUGCGGGCCGCUCUUCGAGGAGGAGCUGGCCUUCUGGGGCAUCGACGAGACCGACGUGGAGCCCUGCUGCUGGAUGACCUACCGCCAGCACCGCGACGCCGAGGAGGCCCUCGACAUCUUCGAGGCGCCCGACCUGCUGACGGGCGAGCCGCCCCCCGACGGCGACGAGGACGACCUGGCCGCCAAGAGGCUGGGCAUCGAGGACGUGGGGGUGACGGCCGAGGGCAAGGGCGGGCGCUGGAGGCGGCUGCAGCCCCGCGUCUGGGCGCUCUUCGAGGACCCCUACUCCUCGCGGGCCGCCAGGUUCAUUGCCUUUGCCUCUUUAUUCUUCAUCCUAGUUUCAAUCACAACCUUUUGCCUGGAAACGCAUGAGGCUUUCAAUACUAUUAUAAACAAAACUGAGCAGGUCAUCAACGGGACAGAAACUGUGCUACAGUAUGAAAUUGAGACAGAUCCUGCCCUGACAUACGUGGAAGGAGUCUGUGUGGUAUGGUUUACAUUUGAAUUUUUAGUACGUGUUGUUUUUUCCCCCAACAAACUUGAAUUCAUCAAAAAUCUCUUGAAUAUCAUUGACUUUGUGGCCAUCCUGCCCUUCUACCUAGAAGUGGGCUUGAGCGGGCUCUCCUCCAAAGCUGCUAAGGACGUGCUUGGUUUCCUCAGGGUGGUAAGGUUCGUGAGGAUCCUGAGAAUCUUCAAGCUCACCCGGCACUUUGUGGGCCUCAGGGUGCUGGGCCACACUCUGCGAGCCAGCACCAAUGAAUUUCUGCUGCUGAUAAUAUUCCUGGCACUCGGUGUUUUGAUAUUUGCCACCAUGAUCUACUACGCAGAGCGGGUGGGAGCACAGCCUAAUGACCCAUCAGCAAGUGAGCACACACAGUUCAAAAAUAUCCCUAUUGGCUUCUGGUGGGCUGUAGUCACCAUGACCACCCUGGGAUAUGGUGAUAUGUAUCCACGGACUUGGUCAGGCAUGCUGGUGGGAGCCCUGUGUGCGCUGGCGGGGGUACUCACCAUAGCCAUGCCCGUGCCUGUGAUAGUCAACAAUUUUGGGAUGUACUACUCCCUGGCCAUGGCAAAGCAGAAACUGCCAAGGAAGCGGAAGAAGCACAUCCCUCCUGCUCCUCAAGCCAGCUCGCCCACCUUCUGCAAGACAGACUUGAACAUGGCCUGCAAUAGCACACAGGGUGACAUCUGCCUGGGCAAGGACAACCAGCUGAUGGAGCACAACAGAUCAUCAGCCACCAUGUCCCACCCUGUUGGACUCCAUGGUGUUUUGCCUCAGUGUCUGUCUCUUGUGUCAGCUUUGCCUGUGCCACACCGUGGCCUGUUAAGCAAGAUCCUACAAAGAAGCAGUCAUUUAAAAGGAGCAGUGUUAUCAGGUGAAGACAGUGCAGGAAGUGAGCAGCCACUCUCACCUGGUGAAAGGCUCCCUCCCAUCAGACGCUCUAGUACAAGAGACAAAAACAGAAGAGGGGGAACAUGUUUCCUACUGACAACAGGUGAUUACACGUGUGCUACUGAUGGAGGGAUCAGGAAAGGCUAUGAAAAAUCUCGAAGCUUAAACAACAUAGCUGGCUUGACAGGCAAUGCUCUGCGACUGUCUCCAGUUACAUCACCCUACAGCUCACCUUGUCCUCUAAGGCGCUCUCGGUCUCCCAUCCCUUCCAUCUUGUAA